ACAGAUUAAAGAGGAACAGGAGCUGUGGACCAGUCAGGAGGAAGAGCAGCUCCAAGGACUGCAGUCUGAAACUACAGACUCCAUAUUCACUUCUCUCAGUGUAAAACAUGAUUCUGAUCAAAAGGGCUCCUCUGAAAGUUCACAUCUUCACCAAACUGUCCAAGUGGACAACAGAGAAGGAGACUCUCUACCCACCAACACAACUGAGGAGCAAAUCAAAGCAGAGCCUCAUGUACAAGACUCUGCAGCACCAGAACCAGGCAGUGACUCUCGGCCCCUCUCUGUUGUAGAUCCAGACUGUUCUACAGCUCAGAAUUUGGAGGAACAUGGAGAAGUGAUGCUGUCUGUAGAAACAAUGAAAAGACAGAAUAAGACCAAAAACAUGGAAGCCAGCUCUCUCCGCCGUGUUACUUUCAGGAGAACAGGUGAGCUGCAGUCACCUGACGUGGCUAGUCACACCAAGAGGAGAACAGGUGAGCUGCAGUCACCUGACGUGGCUAGUCACACCAAGAGGAGAACAGGUGAGCUGCAGUCACCUGGCGUGGCUAGUCACACCAAGAGGAGAACAGGUGAGCUGCAGUCACCUGGCGUGGCUAGUCACACCAAGAGGAGAACAGGUGAGCUGCAGUCACCUGACGUGGCUAGUCACACCAAGAGGAGAACAGGUGAGCUGCAGUCACCUGACGUGGCUAGUCACACCAAGAGGAGAACAGGUGAGCUGCAGUCACCUGACGAAGCUCAGCCGGGGACCAGGCCUCGGGGAAGUCACACAAGGAAGAACUUUCAUCAGUGUCAGGAAUGUAAGAAACAAUUUGCCUUUAAACAUACUCUUCUUAAACACAUUAGAACACACACAGGAGAGAAACCUUUUCAGUGUCAGGAAUGCAGUAAGACGUAUAGCCGUAAAGAUACUCUGUUUUCCCAUAUGAGAACACACACAAGUGAUAAACAAUAUGAGUGUCAGGAAUGCGGAAAGACGUUUAGCUAUAAGAACCGUCUCCUUCUCCAUAUGAAGAUCCACACAAGCAAUCGUUGUGAAGAAUGUAAAAAGAAAUUCAGUCGCAAGGACCAUCUAGUUAGACAUAUGAGGACUCACACAGGAGAGAAACCAUAUCAAUGUCAAAAGUGCCAGCGAUGCUUUGCUCACAAAUAUUAUCUGGUAAGUCAUAUGAGGACUCACACUGGAAGGAAACCAUAUGAGUGUAAAAUAUGCAAUAAAUGUUUCACAGAGAAGCGCAGUUUGCUUGAUCACGAAAAAAAGUGUCAGGAAUGUUAAACACGCUUCAAUGAGGAGACAUCUUUGUCAACACAUAUGAAGAAACAUCAUGGAGAGAAAUCCCAUCAGUGCUGAGUGUUGUUUCUAUAUCAGUUUUAAUGACUAAA